AUGAGGUGGGGGAUGAAAUCAGGCUGGUGGUGGGUGCUGGCCGUGUCCGGUCCAGACAAGACGACCGCUCUGGCCGAGGAUGGCAGUCAUGUGUGGGAGGGACGGAUGGGAGAGGCGAAUGAGGCAGUCGGGCAGGUCAAAUCGAGCCUUGGGCCAGCCUGCGGAGCUUUGUUCAAGAUUUCAAGAUGUGACGACAGGACAGGACAGGGCAGAUUCUGCAAACCACAGACAGAAUGCGCCGUCGACCAGGAAUGGCGUGUCCUGGAUGUGAUUUGCGGUGGCGGCUACGGGCUUGUUGGCAGGUAUUCCCAGAAGCUGGAAAUUGACAGCAACCAUGCGACAGAGCAACGCAGCGCUCUGAUUGAAUGCUCGGACAAUUGGGAGAUGCGCGCUGCAGAUGCGCGCUGUCACCUGAUGACGUGUUGCGCCAAUGGCGAGGGCGAAGCUGAGGCUGGCGACGAUGAUAGGCCUCUGGCGUUGCGAGCUUGCAAUGGAUGA